AUGAGCGGGAAAGGCCUGGACGGCCUCCCAGCGGGACUUGGUAGUGACGGUUGCUCGGCGGGAAACAUGCUGCGAUUCCUGGAGUCGACGCUCGCGGAGCUUGAUGCCGCCGCGGGGUGUGUUGAUGAUGAGGCACACCGACAGCUUGACGCCCUCCGGCAAAAGACGAGCCGGCUGGAGAGUGGUGUCAUGGACACCUCACAACAACCGGAGGCCAUGCAGCAGUUCUCUGAGGCGGAAAUCGCCCACGAGCUGGACAAGUGGGGCCCCUACUUGUCCGCAUUGUUGGCUACCGUGCAUAGCAGGAGGGAAACUGGGCUGGAACGUGACGCCUUGCCAUGCACCAUGUCGAGGGAUUUUGUGGCGCUUUCUUUUCAAACUGAAGCUGUUGAGCUGCUUGGCUUAAAGCUAUGA